AUGGCUGAACUGUUGUUCGGGUGGCGCCUGUACCUGGGCACGGGGCUGGCCUUCGUCGGCGGAGCUCUAUCAGGCGCCGUCGGGAUUGGCGGAGGCGGCAUCUACGUGCCCGUGCUCAUCCUCAUCGUCGGCUACACCGCCAAAGAAGCCAUCCCCCUCUCCAAGGUGACAGUGGCGGGCGUGGCCAUCAGCUCGUUUCUGGUGAACGUGCUGCGGCGACACCCACGAGCGCCCUGGCGAGCGCUGGUCGACUACGAUGUAGCGAUGGUCAUGACACCCACCACGCUAUUAGGCACCACCGUCGGAGUCCUCGUCUACGUCAUCUUGCCAGAGUGGCUCAUCCUCAUAUUGCUCAUAUUGGUGCUCGGCCUGGUCGACUACCGAACCUUUGUCGCCGCGAUCAAACUGUGGAAGAAGGAGAAGGUGGCCAAGGAGGCCGAGCGACAAAACCGAGUCAUGACGGUGAACCCGACGGCCGACAGCAUCGACCGCGGCGUCGACAUGCCCGGCGGCGCUGACGGCGGCAGCGGCGGCCACCACCACCCGACGGCCUUCCCCUACGGCAAGGAGAGCCUGGGCGUCGCCCACGCCAAGGGCCUCGCCCAUUCGCUGCACGGCGCCGUCAGCAGCAGCGUCAACGACGACAAUGACAUCACGCCCGAGCAGGAGGCGCUGCUCGACAAGGAGGCGCAGCAGCCGGUCGUGCGGUACUUCAACAACGUCGAGAAGAGCAAAAGCAAAAGCAAGGGCGGAGGCGGCGGCGGCAUAGUGGUGUUGAACAAGCCCGAGACCUGCAUGCCGCUGUGGUGCUACGACGCCGUCAAGUUCCUCUAUCUGGCCAUCGUCUGGUGCAUCAUGUUUGCCAUCGUCUUCGUGCGAGGCGGCGGCGAGUCAGAUGAGAGCUACCUGGGUAUCGUCAAGUGCAGCAUGUACUUCUGGAUCCUAUGGGGCGUCAUGUUCCCCAUCAUGCUCGGGUUCAUGGUGCUGUCGUGUAUCAUCGCGCGGCUUAUCUAUUCGUACCGCAAACGGAACGGCUGGCCCUUCAUCGAAGGCGAUGUGCAGUGGAGCGUGAAGUCGCUCUUCCUGAUUCCGUUCGCGGGGACGAUCGGCGGUACCGCCGCGGGGUUCCUCGGCAUCGGGUCGGGCAUGGUCAACGGCCCGGUGAUGCUCGAGAUCGGGAUGACCCCCGAAGUGGCCACCGCCACCUCUUCCUUCAUCAUCGUGUUCACGGCCCUGUCAACAGUAUCGCAGUACUUCAUAAUCGGCGCGCUCAAUUGGCAGCCGGCGCUGUGGUUCUUCGUGCUGGGCGUGCUCGCCGCCGUGGUCGGCCAGUACGGCGUGCAAUACGUCGUGAAGCGAUUCAACAAGAGCUCCAUCAUCUCCUUCCUUCUCGCCUUCGUGAUUGCGGGAAGCGGUGUGGCAAUGAUUGUGACGGGGGCGCUGCAGAUUGCGGACGAGGGCAUCACCGGCUUUGCUGACCUCUGCGAACUCAACCACCACAACGCCACACACAACGCCACCGCCGCCUUCUACCACUAG